AUGCCACCAAAAAAAGCACUAGAUACUGAUCCAGAAGAGAAGGAAUCCUUUGAGAGCUUCUUGACCAGUCUUGAAGAAGAAACAAACAUCGUGUCUGAAGAAGAAGAAGAAGAAAUAGAGGAAGAAUCCUUACUGGACGUAGAAGAUAAUGACGAUGAGUUGAUCGAUGAACUAAUGAGUGAAGAAGAUGAACUUAUUGACGAUAGCGAAAUCACUGAUCUUUUGAACAGUUCUUUAAAGAAGCGUGAAUUGUUGAAAACAGGCGGAACAGAAGAAAUGGAAAGAGACAUGGAAGAAUUUGACAACAACCUGGCCAUAAACACAGGCAUUGGAAAAUUAAAGAGAGGUGUCAAGAGAAAGAUAACGGCUGGUGAAGUCCGAUUACCAGAAGAGGUCAAACGAAAGCUCGGUGAAGCAAAUGCAUUGUAUAUUGGCAAAGACUACGGUAAUGCUAUUGCCAUGUUACAGGAGGUUAUCACAGAUCAUCCUGAGGCUUAUCCCGCUUGGAAUACGCUGGGUCUGGUGCAUGAAGAACUUGGAAAUACAGCCAAGUCACUUCAACUACGUAUGGUUGCAGCACACAUGUGUAAUGAUGCUUCGCUUUGGAAAGAGUUGGGACAAAAGUCAAUUGAAAGCGAUGCUUCUAAGCAAGCCAUUUACUGUUUUUCAAAAGCAUUAACCUUGGAUCCAUCAGAUGUGGAUGUAUUAUGGGAUAGAUCCUUUUUGUACAAGCAAACUGGAAGAAAUGCAGAAGCGAUAGAAGGAUUUAAAAAGAUUCUGGAGAUAAUGCCGCAUCAUUUUAAAGUUAUUAAUGAAAUGGCUCAGAUAUACCGUGCUGAAGGAAAAACACAGGAGGCGAUCCAGAUGUAUGAGGACGCUAUUGUGUAUCAUACAGAAAAUGACACUGGAGAGGAUGAGGCAGAUGGUGAAGAAGAGGAAGAGUUUAGCGAUAAGUUGGGAUACUCUGAAAUCAAUAUGUUGAGUGAAUUAUAUCUCGUUUUGAAUGAUUAUUCUCGAUGCUUGGAUACAAUCAAGACUGGUCUAAGACUGAUACAGCAUAGGCAGCAUGAAACAUGGUGGAUAGAUCAUGCUGAUGAUGAUGACGAGUAUUUUGGAGAUGACGACGCUAGAACAGACUUUCCAAUUGAGCUGCGUGUGAGAAUGGGUGUCUGUCGUGUUUAUUUAGGACCAAUUAAAGUGGCAAACAAACACUUUGAAUAUUUAUUACAAUACCCAGCUACAACCUAUCCAGACUUACAUCAAGAUAUUGCCUAUGCCUAUUACGAUAAGCGUCACUAUGAAUUGGCUUUAAAGGUGUUUCAAAGAAUCAUUGACGCAUCAGAUGAAGUUGAAGUGGAUCUUUUGAUUCGUACUGCAGACUGUUAUCGCGAGAUGGGUGAAUUAGAUACAGCUGUUAUGUUCUAUAUCAAUGUUUUGGAAGAGCAACCAGAGAAUUUGGACGUAAUGGUGUCCCUUGCUACAGUAUAUGAAGAACAAGGAAAAGAAGAGCAGGCUCUUGACUUGUUAGAAUUUGGCAAGUAUUUAGAAGCACGUAGACUUAAGGAAGCCUCAAAGAGUCAAGAAGAAGGAAGAACUGAAGCUGGAUCAAAUGAUGCAUCUAAAAAGGCAUCCAUUUUUGAUGAAAGCCGUGCAAGGACGGUAAAGGAGCUAUAUGACAUACGACGUGCUCGAAGGCUGAGAGAAGAACAAGAAAAAGAGGUGGCUGCUAUCGCCUUGUUUCAAAGACUGGACGAAAUUGACAAACAUACUGGCCCUGAUGUAGUUGGUAUGAAUCGUGCACUGAUGAGAGAUUACAUGAGGGCUGCUCAGGAACUAUGGGAAGGAUUUUAUGCUAUUCGCGCAUUCUUUAGCAGCACAAGAAGUAAACGAUUUGAAGGAUUUUAUGCUAUAAGAAGAGGCAAAAAGAGACCAAAUGCUCACUCAAGAUUGGAUGCACGAUACAUGGCUCAGCGUCUUCGAAAACGAGUGAAAAAAGAGAGUGAGGAUGCUGCAAAUAAUGAGGAAAUGGACGAGGAAGAUAAACAAGAUGAAAAGGAAGCCGAAGAAGAAAUGAAGAUGAGUGCUGCGACCCACUUUCGUACUAUACCUUUUACUAAAUGGUGUUAUGUGUUCCUAAGGUAUGCGUUUAUGCUUGCUGUAUCAAAACGAAAAGAAGAGACCCACGAGCUAUUGAGAAGAUGCUUUGAAGCAAAUGUAUUCUUUCAAGAUCUUAAAAUGAAAACAUCCAUAAAACUAGCACAAAUAGGCUGUGGUAUAAUUACUAAACAUGAAUUUAUGGUGCAAGAUGGAGCUCGUUGGUUAUGUAACUUUUAUCAAUUUCAAAACGAUCCUUUCAGAAUUUACACUGCUGUUUUAAAUGGUGCAAGUAGUAGUUAUUCUGGUCUAAUAUCUUAUUCUCAGCUCAAAUAUACCUCUCGUAUCGUUCGACUCAUGGAUGCCUUGGUCUUAAACUCAAAAGGAACAGGAGCAAACAAUGUACCACUAGAUGAAAUUAAAGAAUUGGAUGACGCUAUUAGAGCAAUGAAUGUUGAUCCUUCAGCAAAUGAGCAAAACUAUAUGCGUUUCUAUGAGGUUCCUACUAAUACGGAUAUGCAAUCACUGUUUCGAAUCGAAGCAAAAUCACUCUCUCGUCCAAAUCCAAUUAUCUUGACACUAUUUGCUCAUUUGAUGAGUAUAUCAAGAAACCAUCUUGCGGCAACUUUAUUUUACAUGAGAGCGUACGCGAUUGCUCCUCGAGACCCUGUCAACACAUUGUGUUUGGGAAUGUCAUUCCUUCAAGCAUCUACUCAGCGUAGAUGUGAUAAUAGACAUUUGCUGAUUGUGCAGGGUAUGCUAUUUAUGCAGGAAUAUAUGAGGAUCAUGGGUCGAUGCCAAGAAAGUGAAUAUAAUAUGGCAGUUGCCUUUCAUCUCAUCGGUUUGACACAUUUGGCCGUUCCUCACUAUGAACGAGUGCUAUGUUUGCCUUCUAAAGCAAAAGCACAUAUAGAAAAAGAAAAGCCUAUAGAAGAUGUAUAUAAAUGGCCAGUGGAUGAUAUGGAUGAGGAUGACAAUGAGGAUGAAGAGUAUGAUGAAACUGAUCUUAAACAUGAAGCAGCAUAUAACCUUCAUCUUAUUUACGUUAUAAACGGUUCACCAGCUUUAGCAGAAAUAUUAAUGAUGAAAUAUUGUACUAUAUAA